AGGAGAAUGUCCGGUGACGUCAGAGUGUCCGUACGCCAUUAGCGCUGCAGCUGUUUGGAGAGAAACAACAACAAAACGAACGACGCUCGCACGACGGAACGCGCUCUGGACCGCGGGAGCCCGACGCCUCUUUCCCUACCCCGGGCUUCACCGGCUUCUAACCACGGCCGCUCUCGGUGAGGAAACUCUGGCCUCAGCUUCCUCCUCCUCCGACUCGGACACCGGUGGAGCGUCGCCGCCCCCGCGGAAGAAGCACCGAGCCUCGGCGGCGGAGGGAGCAGGAGAGCCCGGGGCUUCAGCGGGCCUUCCGUCAUCGACUCACCUCAGCCAAACAGGCACCAACAUGCAGUCAAACGGGACCGGACAGGAGCAGAACCAUCCGGCCGGCGCGCAGAACGGAGAAGCAAAUGGGCUCCAGAACAACGCGAACCCUAGCGCAGCGGGCUCGGGGGCCUCGGGCACGGGUUCGGGCUCCCUGAAGAAGAAGAAGCGUUUGUCUCAGGCGGAGGAAGAUGUCAUCCGCCUCAUCGGACAGCAUCUACACGGGUUAGGGCUGAAUCAGACAGUGGACUUGCUAAUGCAGGAAUCGGGCUGUAGACUGGAGCAUUCGUCAGCUACGAAGUUCCGAAACCACGUCAUGGAAGGAGAGUGGGACAAGGCUGAAAAUGACCUGAACGAGCUGAAAGCUUUGAUGCAUUCACCCAACGCUAUUGUGCGGAUGAAAUUUCUGCUCUUACAGCAGAAGUAUCUGGAGUAUUUGGAGGAUGGGAAGGUUUUGGAAGCUCUGCAGGUUUUAAGAGGAGAACUGACUCCACUCAAAUACAACACAGACCGUAUCCAUGUGCUCAGCGGGUACCUGAUGUGUAGUCACGCUGAGGAUCUGAAGGCAAAGGCAGAAUGGGAGGGAAAAGGUGCCGGAUCACGAAGCAGAUUACUGGACAAACUCCAGACGUACCUGCCCCCCUCUGUAAUGUUGCCCCCUCGACGACUGCAGACGCUUCUCAGACAGGCCGUGGAAAUGCAGAGAGAUCGCUGCCUUUAUCACAACACCAAACUGGACUCCAGUCUGGACUCUGUAUCAUUACUGCUGGAUCACGUCUGCAGCAGGAAACAGUUUCCCUGUUACACACAACAGAUACUUACAGAGCAUUGCAAUGAAGUCUGGUUCUGCAAGUUCUCCAAUGAUGGCACUAAACUCGCCACUGGAUCAAAGGACACAACCGUGAUUAUAUGGCAGGUGGAGCCGGACACUCAUCAGUUGAAGCUCUUACGGACUCUGGAGGGUCACGCGUACGGAGUGUCAUAUCUGGCCUGGAGUCCUGAUGAUGUUUAUCUGAUUGCCUGUGGUCCAGAUGACUGCUCUGAGCUUUGGCUUUGGAACGUUCAGACAGGAGAACUGCGGACAAAAAUGAGUCAGUCUCAUGAGGAUAGCCUGACCAGCGUCGCCUGGAAUCCUGACGGCAAGCACUUCAUUACAGGAGGACAGAGAGGGCAGUUCUACCAGUGUGAUCUGGAUGGAAACCUGUUGGAGUCGUGGGAAGGUGUGCGUGUGCAGUGCCUCUGGUGUAUGAGUGACGGCCGGACUGUUCUCGCCUCUGACACACACCAGCGAAUCCGUGGAUACAGUUUUGACGAUCUAACUGACAGAAACAUAGUUCAAGAGGAUCAUCCUAUAAUGUCUUUCACUGUUUCUAAGAAUGGAAGAUUAGCUUUGUUAAAUGUAGCAACUCAGGGUGUUCAUCUCUGGGACCUGCAGGACCGUGUAUUGGUCAGGAAAUAUCAAGGUGUGACACAAGGAUUCUACACUAUUCACUCGUGCUUCGGUGGACACAACGAGGAUUUCAUCGCCAGUGGCAGUGAAGAUCACAAGGUAUAUAUUUGGCACAAGCGCAGUGAGCUGCCAAUCAUGGAGUUGACGGGACACACACGCACAGUGAACUGCGUAAGCUGGAACCCAUCCAUUCCUAGUCUUAUGGCCAGCGCUUCUGACGAUGGCACAGUCCGUAUCUGGGGUCCUGCCCCCUUCCUGGAUGCACAAGAGCUGGACAGUCUCAACGAGAGUUGCAGUGGUAUGGACAGUUGAUGGCAGCCCUGGAGAAAACGACUUAUGACAAGAAAUCCAACAGUGAAAAAAAAAAUUAUUACAGCAUUGGUCCUCCACAACGACACACGAGUGCUUGAAAACACGAAAGUGAUUCAGAGCUUCUGUUUCAGGAGUUUGGAAGCAGCAGAGACCUGAAGCUGAUGUGUCUCUAUAGCGACCCACUUUCAAAACGACGGAUCUGAUCUCUUUCCCAACAUGGGAUUGUUCCCACAUUACCCCCCAUUAGGCCUAAAGACGAGACCCCACCUUUUUCCUGGGCAGCAACAGCAGCAGCCCAUCAGCACUUGCAAGUUAAAUAACAUGCAGGGGGUAACCAAAGGGUUCGGCCGGGUGUAUAAACUCAUUGAUUUUUCUCUCUCUCUCUCUCUCUCUCUCAAUCCUAAGAGACAGAGUACAAACACUUUUUUAAAGAAAUACUAGUCCUAGCAAUUCUCUCUAUCGUUCAUUUAGCAGUUUAUCAGAUUGGGCUUUAGUGUUGAAAAGUGCGUGUACGUGCGUGCGUGUCAAAAGUCACUUGUGUGUGUGUGUGUGUGUGUAUGUGUUCUGAUUUCUGAGAGUUUGAGUGUUCGACUGAAUUCUGCUUUGGCCUCCCUUCUGUAGCACAGCCGUAUGUGUGUGUGUGUGUGUGUGUGUGUUCAUUUGUGCCUGAAUCUGUGACUGAAGUUUGUAUAUGUUCACUUGUGGCACUGUUUAACACCAGCGUGAGUGUGUCCCUUGUGAAGCUGUAUAAAUAAUUUUAACAGAAUUGGAUCGAAGCCCCAGAGACCUUCAUCUGUGGAACAAAAACUUGAGAACCAUUUUGUAUUUUUUUUUUUCUUCUUUUUUUUAUAAUUAGUGGAGUUCCUUAUUUCACCACUAACCUUAGAGGUGGCAUUUAGGAGAGAGACUUUGUUAUUAGUAAAAAAGAAAAAGGCAUAUUCUGAUCGUCAGUGUAUCCACACAGAUAUUGCGACAAAGCUGCAUUUUACACAGAAUUUGCGUGAAAACGUGCUGAAUUCAACCACAAACAGCUUUUUUUAAAAAGAUACUAUGACACUCAAACUGUCAAUAAGAAAUCUGGCUCCUAACGAGAAGUUUGUGAUAUAUGACCUAUGCAUCAACAUUUGAGCUAAGAGCCCUGAUAUAACAUUUCUCACAACAGCCAUACCAGCAUUAAAAUACCCCCUAUCCCACCCCCACCAACUGCACUACAUAUCCACACAUAUUUCAUCUACAUGGAAACUCUGCCUGUAUGUACUGUUUUAUCAUCAUCUGAUAGAUUCACAUGGCCAAGUUCCCUGAUCUGAGCUGUUUACACCAAAUAUCGAGAUUUUUGAUUCCCCCUUUUUUGGUGCGAAAUAAAUAUUUGCAAUGGACUGAUAUUAAAUGUUUGAAAAUAAUUAUUUUCUGCCUGUUUUUAUGAAGUUUUUGUUACUUUUUUGAUUUGCAAUUUUCUUUUUUUUUCUUUUUUUUUUUUGACAUUAUCUAUGUAUCGUUAUAUUAAACUAUAACCAGUUCGUUCAAAUUGUCGUCUCCU